AUUUAAACAGGAGAGAUCAUCGGCACCGGCGACGAGGCGUAAACGGAGACUACUUCCGUAGAAGUAGAGACUGGACCGAGGAAGUGAAGAAGGAACGGAGGGGUCGCAUGUAGUAGUGAGACCAGGAUCCAAGCGAAUGUGUGUUAGCCGCGGCACUAUUAUGUGCUCAGGGGUUUCGAAUAGAGUAGUGAUAUCCGAGAUGCAGGGGGAUUGGAUGACUUCUGGGAAUAACAAACAUGACUAUGAGGAAUUUUUAGAGGGAAGAGGUCAACUCCCCCGGGGGGUUAUGGCUGUAUUUAUCAUGUCCACCCCUUUUGAUGUUUCGGGUAACGACAGAGAGUUUAGGUCCCGGGAGAAGACGAACUUGCAGAUUAUUCGCCAAGGAUUCCCUGAGUUUCCUUCCAGUAUGGAUCCUCCCCCAGUCAUUGUGGUGGACGAGGCACCUUUGUGUGUGCGUGUGCGUGUGCGCAAGGGCAGAUGCCACACCCGCGAUAUGCCCUCUGAAAAGAUAAAAAUGUCGAUCGCUCUGAUUGAUGGAGAUCCAAGAACGGAGUUCAAGGGAGGUUGGGCCCCGACGAUGGUUUGUCGGUCACAAGCAAAAAGAAGUGGAGGUCUUGCGUGGGGUUUUUCUUUUUGGCUCUUUCAAGUCUUCUGCACUUCCAUCUAAAUUUCCCGAUUCGGUAAUGCUAGGGCCUUCGCAUCCUCGGGAUUGGAUUAUUAUUCGGAGGUCCCAACCGUGAGAACCCCGAAUUUCCUCCACACGCAGAUCGUGGUUGGCUCCCGAGAUACUAGCCAAUAACUCUGACCGAGUUUAAAAAAAAUCUUUCUCCACAUCGAGAAGUUCACAGGCAGAAAUGACGUCGGAGGGAAGAUCGAUGGAUUUUUACUCCACUUACUUCAGUGGGUGUGUGAGAUGUGAGCGAUCUCACCGUCAAACUGCCAUCGCGAGCUAAAAUAAAAUAUGUUUACUCUGUAUUCUCUCUCAACCACACUC